AUGGAGUCUUGUGACAGAGGUGCAUGUCGGCGUGGAGGAACAUUGGCACGGCAGGUGGAGUGUCCAAUUAUCUGCGCCAUUUUGUCUAUGCAUGGUUGCAGUCUUGUGACAAAGUUGCGUGUCAGCAUGGAGGAACUUUGGCACAACAGGGGAAGUGGAUCAUCAUCAUUGCCACCACCACCGUCAACACUGCCAUUGAUCAUAGAGGAGUUCUUCAUCGUCGUCUAUGAAGACCCUUUGGUCAAGAAGGAACUCCCAAAAAAAUUUGCGGACUAUCUUGACGGCAAGGAGCCAGCUAAGGUGUAUCUGCGAGCAGCUGACUGCGGUCCUCGUCUCUGGACCGUGGAGGUCCUAUUUGACGGACAAGGCCGGAUGUACCUCGACAAGGGCUGGGAGAAAUUCGCCAUCGCGCACGGUGUGGAUUUCGGCUGGUUCGUACACUUCAAAUAUGAAGGCGAUGAUGUGCUCACAGUGAAGGUGUUCGACGGAACAAUGUGCAGGAGGUACUACUACUCAGACGACGAAGAUACUGACGAUGAAAGCGACGACGACGUGAAGCCAUGCAUCCAUCCCCUUUAGAUAAUUAAGGGGAUUAUGACCAAGAAUAUAUAUGUAGCUUCAUAUGCAUCGAUUUAGAGAUCUAGCUAUUUUCUAUAUAUUAUGCAUGUAAAAAAUAAUAUCGCAUUUCCACUAUUAUUCGAGCACCACAUCCUCCAAACGAUGCCGAUGCCGAUGCCGAUAUCGGCAUGGUCAGAACGGCUAUGCUCGCCGCCACUGCUAGGUCAAUGUCGGGAUGCACAAUGUUUAGCAUAAGAGUCACUUUAGAUUAACCUGCGAAAAUAGUCACGUGCCAUGGGCUGAGGCGGCCCCUACAGAGCGGCUCUAUAUUAUAUUCUCUAAAUAAAAUAGACGACCACAGCGGUCAUUGGCUGCGGAGGCCCCACAGAGCGGCAAUAUAUAAUUUUCUAUAAAUAAAUAGACGACCCACUGGUCAUUGGCUGCGGCAGCCCCAUAGAGCGGCCCCAUUUGUCAUUGGCAGCACCGCGUAUACAAUCAGGAAAUAAAACGGCC